CCUGCGCGAGUCGACUCCGGCUGUCCCUCUUUGUCCGGCAACGAGCAGGCCGUAAUUAACAUGGCCAAUUUCGCGUUUGGGGAUAAAUAUUAAUCGUAAGUCUAUUUGACAUUGAUUGUUUGUCAUAUGCGGGUUGACAUCCAUGUCUUGAUGCAACAGUCAGGUGUAUAUGAAUGAGCUGUGUGAGCAACGUUUACCGUCUUUACCUUGCUUGCUGAUGGCUAAACGGCUAACGGUAGCUAGUUGGCGAAUUCAAAUCACGUUUGAAUUAAAUUCAAACGCUUAACGCGUCAUUUACAGUAGCACUGCACGUUCGAAUCGAACGCUGUUUAAAAUGGGGAGAAGAGCUCGGUGUGCGCGCAUCUAAGUGUCAUUUAGACGGCCGUCCAGGUAGAAACACAUCUGUAUGUGAUCACAUUGCAGGCUGGCAGAUGUGUAUUCACAUUCAGUCCAUUCCAAUCACUUCUUAUCACGGCUGGUUUGCGUGCUUGCCAAGAACUUUUGAUUAGCAACUCAACCUUUUCAGACGCGUAUGCGAUGCCCAUCCAGAUCGCGUUGUUAUUUGUAAACGUGCAGAAAAUGAUAAAUCUGAUUCAAACCGUUAAUGCAUCCUUCAGACAUGUUGCUGAGUAGGUGCCUGAUCUCAUUGGCCCAUCGGUACAGUUAAAAUUAAGCAUUCACGGUCAAUUCCUGGGGCUGCGGGGUGAUACUCGUUGGACCCGAGGAGGUUUUCGUCAAAUAAACUAAUUUCUGUAAAUGAACGGUGUCAUGGCACCGCACCGACAGUCAUUUUAAUGGCGGGACAGCAGGCGGGACAGAGUCAAGGAAAACGAGGCAAAGGUUCCCAGAUGAAGAGCCCAGAGAAAAAGAAGAGGAAGUCCAACACUCAGGGGGCAGCAUUCUCCCACCUCUCUGAGUUUGCACCCCCUCCAACUCCGAUGGUUGAUCACCUGGUGGCCUCUAACCCUUUCGAUGAUGACUUUGGUCCACCAUCGCGAUCUGGUGGAGGAGGUGGUCCAGGUGGUGCCUCUUUUCUCCCCAGCCCAGGGGGCGGUGGAGGUGGCUAUGGUGGACCUGGUCGAAUGGGAGGAGGUAUGGGAUUCAUGGGCGGCCCUGGUGGACCUGGAGGCGGCCAGCCUGGCCGACGACCCCCUUUCGGUCCACCAACGCCAAAUACUGGACCACACCACCCGCUUGGAUUCGGGGGCAUGCCGGGCUUUGGAGGUGGCGGAGGCGGAGGAGGUGGCGGAGGAGGAUUUCCACCGGGAGGCCCGUCCCAGUUUAACAUGCCACCCAAUUUCAGCCCACCCAUGCACCCUGGGCAGGGUUUCAACCCGAUGUUGUCACCUGGAGGAAUGGGUGGCGGUCCAGGAGGUGGAGGAGGUCCACCUCAUCCAAGGUUUGGGAUGCCCCAACAGCAACCUCCACAUGGACAAGGUGGGCAUCCCUUCAACAGCCCACCCUUACCCGGUGGCCCUGGCCCUCGUGGGCCUCCGCACGGCCCCAUGAACCCUAUGGGGGGCAUGGGAGGAGGAAUGAACAUGAUGGGCAUGGGUGGCGGAGGUGGUGGAGGUAAUAUGGUAGGUGGACAUCCAGGUAUGCCUCCACAAGGACAGUUUCCUCCUCCACAAGAUGGCCCGUACCCCGGAUCGAGUCCUCCUGUUGGUGAAGAGGGAAAGAACUUUGGUGGCCCAGGUGGUGGUGCACCUGUUCCCUCUCAGCAGCAACCACCCAACCUUAAUCCCUCGGGUCCUCCAUCCAACAAUGCCACCCCUGGUCCGUCCCCGGCUCCUGGACCUCCACAGCCUGGAGGAGGUUUCCCAGGUCAUCCAGAUGUCCAACAACCCAACCCCAACACUCCAGGUCAACCCCAGUCGGCUCCUCAACCCCCAAAUCCCAACUCGUCCCCCACAGGCCCACAUAAUGGACCUCAGCCUCAACAAGCACCAACCAAUCAGCAUCCUCCACCUAACUCCACAGGCGGCCCUGGCUCCAACACCCCGUCCAACCAGCAACAACCAACGCCACCAAACUCCGCUCCAGGUUCGGCGCCCUACAACCAGCAGAACAGUGCUCCUGGAGGUCCAAUGCCAAACCAGCCACCCAACUCCAACCAGAAUAACCUUAACAAUAGUAGUGGUGGCAACACCCCGGGUAGCAACCCCAAUCCUCCUUCCAACUCCAACUCUACGCCUAACACACAGUCCCCACUUCCAAGUGGGCCCGCUCCACCUUCUGCUGGUCCAGGCUCUGGUCCACCAAAGCUGGGAGGAGGCAUGGUGUUCCCUUGCGGCCUCUGCUUGUCAGAAGUGCAUGAUGACCAAGAGGCCAUCUUGUGCGAGGCCUCCUGCCAACGAUGGUUCCAUAGAGACUGCACAGGCCUAACUGAGCCAGCGUAUGGGCUGCUAACCAGGGAGAGCGCAGCGGUGUGGGCUUGCGACUUCUGCCUCAAGACAAAGGAGAUUCAAGCUGUUUACGUGCGCCAAGGACUGGGACAGCUGGUGGCUGCAAAUGAUGGCUAAGCGAGAGGAAAAAAUGGGGAAGAGGGAUGUUUGAGUUUCUUGGUGCUUCAUGUCGUGUUUCACAGUGAGAAAGUGAAAUGGAACAGAAGAAAUAAUCCACCAGAGGAGAGUGAGAUGUACGGUUAAAACUGAACUUAAUCUGAUGUUGCAUUUGUUCUUCACAGACCUCAUAAGCACUUUUAGGGCCCAUGUCUCUGAUUAAAAAGCAUUGUAACAGAAAUGUUUGUAUAUAAAACAUCAUGACACGUUUUCAAAAUUCAGCUGUUUUUGAUUGAUAUUGCACUCUUCGUUGGUCUUCAUUUCACCUUGGUGACAAAUUUGGAGAUUCAGCUUGAUUCUGGCCACAGUAAAAAGCAAAAUCCGAUGUAUGUACAAGAAUUUAAGAGCUGUCCCAAUGGUUUUUUUCUUUCCAAAAUCCAACUUGUUGAUCUGCAAAGCACUGAUGCCAACUUGCUACCUCAAAAUUUUGACAUGUCUGGCUAAGAAUGCUUUAAGUCAAGAGUGUAUAGUCACCACACAACCUCUUCUCUCCUCUCAGCGAUCUCCAUUUCAGUAUAUCCAAAGGCAAACAGCAGCAUCCUGAAACGGGCAUAUAAUACAUGUAGAUAAUCAGCAUUUCAAGUUGUUGAAUACAUGCGCGGUCUGACAGAAAUUGGAGUCCUGCGGUUCUAGGUUGUUUCUCUUCAUGUACAGCUACUCACUGUUCUUGACACAAGGUGGACAAUGAUGGCUGGUGGCAUAGCCGAUAGUGGUAAUCCAUAACCAUAUCAGUGUAUGUAUGUAGUCUUUGGAUUGCAUGUGAACCAAUGCAGUACUUUGUCAGAACUGUUUCUAACUGUUACUUUUACUUUUCCGAUUAGGCCUCAUUCCUGGGCUAUGAAGUAGACCAAAUAACAGAACGAAUUCAAAUGUUGUCGCAGAGUAAGAUGUUUGCAAUUUCAUUUUUUCUUUUUUUGGUUUAAUUUCUACAUUUCUGUCCAAGUUGCCUUUUUCUUAUUUGUUACUUUUUAUGUACCUGUGUGUAUGCUGUUCAAUGUGCUUGCUCUGGUGCCCUCCAUUCGCCAGCAUUGUGCAGUAAUAUGGGAGUGUUCUGGGCUCUGGCUCUGUACUGAAAGAAGUAAACUGAAUUGUUUUUUUACAA